AUGGUUAGAGUGAAGCACAGAUACAUCUUAUUCGAAAUCAUUUACCCACCAAUGAACAACAACAACAGCAAUAAAGCUUCCCCCAUUGACCUGGAAGAAGUGACACAAUUUACAAGCUCAGAAAGGAAUGCCCUACUAGCGCUUCAUCGAGCAUCACCAUCAAACAUCAACCACAAGACCAUACUUCAUGCCAUUCGGAAAUCGUUACAAGAACACUAUGGUGAUUUUGGAUCAGGAUCAGCAGGGAUGUUGAUGACGUUAAAGUAUUUUUCCAACAAGACGUCAACUGGGAUAAUACGAUGUGGACGUGGUCAAUUUGAAACUAUUGUAGCAGCAAUGAGUUUAGUGACAAAGAUUGAGGAUCAGAAUAUUACAUUCAAUUGUGUUCAUGUGAGUGGUACUAUCAAGAAAUGUGAGGAGUUUAGUAUCAAGAGAUCACGAGAGUUAAUGAGAAGGAUAGAUGGACCAAGGGGGAAGCUGCUAACAAUGUGA